GUAGCCGUUAGGGAUCAACGGGUGGCAAAGACUUUUCUUUCUGCCAGUCCUCUCCCCACUAUUCUUCUCCUUAUUCAUCUCAUCCACUGUUCUCUUCCUUCCCAACACAACAACAACAACAACAACAACUAGAUAUAGAGAGAAAGCGAGGGAAAGAGAAGGAGGAGCAGAGGCGUUAGAGAGUCAGUCUCUCUCUCUCUCUCUCUAUCUCUCUCUUUUCUUCUUUUUCUAAUUUUACCUACUUGAUUUUGGGUGGUUUGAUUCAUCAGUGCUCUUCAAUUACCAAGUAAUUGGUUCAGUUCAAUUCGAUUCGGUUUUGGUUUUGCAUUUGAGCUAGCUAAUGGCUCAAUCACGGCGAUACCCAUUUCGUAACCUCCUGCUGCUCUUGUUUGUUCGUCUGCUACUCUUCCUGGUCUCCAGUACUUCUUCUGCUUCAGCGCAGCGGUGGGAUGGGGUGGUUGUCACCGCGGCGGAUUUCCAAGCUCUCAGGGCCCUCAAGAACGAAUUCGUUGAUCUCAGAGGGGUUCUCAGGAGCUGGAACGACAGCGGCUACGCCGCUUGCUCCGGCGGCUGGGCCGGCAUCAAGUGUGUCAAGGGGCAGGUCAUCGCCAUCCAGCUUCCCUGGCGAGGAUUGGGCGGCCAAAUCUCCCCCAAGAUCGGCCAGCUUCAAGCUCUCCGGAAGCUCAGCCUCCACGACAAUCUUCUCACCGGCGCUGUCCCCUAUUCCCUCGGCCUCCUCCCGCAUCUCCGGGGCCUUUAUCUCUUCAACAACCGGCUGUCCGGCUCCAUCCCUCCUCCCAUCGGCAACUGCCCCGCUCUUCAGGCUCUUGAUCUCAGCAACAACCGGCUUUCCGGCACAAUCCCUCCCAAUCUUGCAAACUCCACCAGGUUGUACAGACUCAACCUGAGCUUCAAUUCCAUCUCGGGUCCCAUUCCGGCAAGUUUUACCAAAUCCUUUUCUCUUUCUAUCCUCGCUCUCCAACACAACAACCUCUCCGGUUCCAUCCCCGAUUCCUGGGAAGCAUUUCAACUUCAAACCUUGACGCUUGAUCAUAACAUGCUCUCUGGAAGCAUCCCAUCUUCUUUGGGCAAGAUGGGCAGCCUUGAAGUGCUUAGUUUGAGUCAUAACCAGAUUGAUGGUGCCAUACCAAAUGAAUUAGGCAAUCUCUCAAAGCUUCAACUACUUGAUUUAUCGGAUAACUCCAUUGAUGGGGGCUUUCCAGCCAGUUUAUCCAACCUCCAUUCCCUUGUUUCUUUGAGUCUAGCAGACAAUCGUGGUCUGGGUAAUCAAAUCCCGGACGCCAUUAACAGAUUGCAGAAUCUUUCAGUCCUAAACUUGAAGAACAACCAUUUCAAUGGCCAUGUUCCGGCUACUAUCGGGAAUAUCUCCAGCAUCACCCAACUUGAUUUGUCUAGUAACAAUUUCACCGGAAAAAUUCCAACUACACUUGAAAACUUACCCAGCCUCUCUUAUUUCAAUGUUUCCUACAAUAAUCUUUCGGGCUCUGUUCCACCUCUUCUUUCUAAAAGAUUUAAUUCGAGUUCGUUUGUGGGGAACUUGCAACUCUGUGGAUACGAUUCGUCAACUGCGUGCCCGUCUGCCCCGCCCCAAAUUCCUCCAUCUCCAUCGCCGGAGAGUUCAACUUCAACGCAUCACCACCGCAAACUGAGCACCAAGGACAUAAUCCUCAUAGCAGCCGGGGCUCUCCUUCUGGUUCUACUGCUGCUGUGCUGUAUUCUGCUCUGUUCCCUGAUCAGAAAAAGAACAGCCACAAAAGCAAAGAAGGGCAAGGCAUCGGGUCAGGCAGCGGAUGCUGCAGGAGGCGAGAAGCCGGCGCCUGCAGUCGGGGCUGAAAGUGAAUCGGGUGGCGAAGCAGGUGGAAAACUAGUCCAUUUUGACGGUCCAUUUGUGUUCACAGCUGACGAUUUAUUGUGCGCAACCGCGGAGAUAAUGGGGAAGAGCACUUAUGGGACAGUGUACAAAGCAAUACUGGAGGAUGGCAAUGAAGUUGCAGUGAAAAGGCUUCGAGAGAAGGUGGCCAAGGGGCAGAAGGAGUUUGAGAGUGAGGCUGUCUCACUUGGGAAGAUUCGACAUCCGAAUAUAUUAGCUCUCAGAGCCUACUACUUGGGACCCAAGGGGGAGAAGCUUCUUGUCUAUGACUACAUGCCCAAUGGCAGCCUUGCCUCCUUCCUCCAUGCUCGAGGGCCUGAAACUGCGGUGACGUGGCCGACAAGGAUGAGCAUAGCCAUGGGAAUCACAAGAGGACUGUGUUACCUUCACAGCAAGGAGAACAUGGCACACGGGAACCUCACAUCGAGCAACAUAGCACUCGACGAAAAAGCAAACCCAAAGAUUGCAGAUGUUGGUCUCUCGCGGCUGAUGACUAGUGCUGCCAACACCAAUGUGAUAGCCACUGCAGGCACGCUUGGCUAUCGAGCACCGGAGCUCUCAAAGCUGAAGCACGCCAGCACGAAGACCGACGUUUACAGCCUCGGGGUGAUCAUCCUGGAGCUGCUAACAGGGAAGUCCCCCAGCGAGGCAACGGAUGGGGCUGAUUUGCCUCAAUGGGUGGCUUCAAUUGUGAAGGAGGAGUGGACUAAUGAAGUGUUCGAUGUGGAGCUUAUGAGGGAUGCUUCCAAUUCCGGCGACGAGUUGCUGAAUACGUUGAAACUAGCCCUGCACUGUGUUGACCCCUCGCCGGCGGCCAGGCCAGAAGCUCAGCAGGUUCUCCAGCAGCUGGAGGAGAUCAAGCCGGAGCUGGCGACCGCUUCUGCUGAGGAUGAUGAUGCCACUGCUACAGAACCAGCACCAAAAAGUGAUUAAUUAAUUAAUAUAAUCAUAAUAUGAUUAUUGGAUUGGUUAAUAAUAAUAAUAAUAAUAAUAAUAAUAAUAAUAAUAAUAAUAAUAGUAAUUUGUUUAUUUAUUUGGGGGGGGGGGGGGGGGGGGGGGGGUGGUGGGGGAGAGGGAGAGAUUCAGAUAGAUUGAAUUUGAUUUCUUUCGUUAGGAUAGCUUGUUCUUUAAUUCGUUUGUAUAUAUAGACCUCUCAGUUUAUUCAUUUGGAUUUGAUUAUAGGGUUGCAAUGAUGUAUUUGGUUGAUUCAGAAAGAAUAAGAAUAUUGUUUUGUAUGCUGUUUA